AUGGACGCGCUCUUCUCGAUGGCAGGUUUCCUUGGCAUGGCCUAUCUUAUUUACUUGUCACACCUUCGGAUUAAAGAAUUGGGAGGUACCACCGGGGCGCCGGUCGUUGGCCCGCUGAUUGAUCGGGUUGCUGCAGUGUUCCGCAGGAAGAAAGCCGGCUCGCCCGACGUGCGUACGGCCGUCGGCACCACCACUUGCAAACCGAUCACGUCGAUUAAGUCUAACUGCCCGACAAGCACGCUGAGAACCCAGCAGCCCGCCAACGAGGAAGAGAUUGUUAAGAGUACGACCAGCGAUGCGCCCGGCUCCACCUACAACCCCUACAGCCGGAUCACGAUGCGGGGGCUUAAUGGCUCGCGCUCACGUUCCCGCUCCCGUUCGCGCUCCAAGACGCCCCACCACGCUGCGCACCAGAUGAAGACGCUCGUCGAGCCGACCGGCCAU